AUGACUGAACCAAUUCAACAACUUCAAAUUAUCGCAGAACCUAAAGCAUUCUAUCGUGAGCGAUAUGGAAGUGAACUAGAUAAAUCUGAAAAUGUAGCUAAACGUUAUAUUCGUGCUGCAGAGGAAAAUCAGUUCAAGCUGGAAUAUCCAACUAUAGAGAUAUCAGGAGCAUGGUAUGAGGCCAUUCAUCAUCCAUACAUACGUGUAGCUUCUGUCACUGUACCAAAUGAGCAUGUAUCGACGACGUGUGUACAUCCAUAUCCACUUGGGGCUGAUGAUCCUGCUGCUGUGGAAGAUCGUCCUAAUAAUGCCAUCUAUUUUCCGAUCUCAAAUGACGAUUUCAUGAGUGGUCGAAAAAGUUUUCUUCUUACUCGCAAGAAGUUACUACAAAAAGAGCUCAGAUCACACAGCCCUUUCCGCAUUAUCGACUCUACCAAGCGUCUUGAUGAUAAUGUAUUUGAUGUAUUCCCUGGUACUUCGGUAUUAUCACAGGUGAUGAUCGACGAAAUGAAUCAAAAAAGGGACGAAGUUACUACUGCUCCAACCGGUACGACAAAUGAUCAGGAUGAAAAAUUUGCCAUAUGUGCACCAGAAAGAGGUAAUUGGGGAGGUGGCGACAAUAUUUUGAUGGUUCUUACUAAACUCGACCGGAAAAAAGCACUUCAUCAUGAAUUUGAUUGGGAGCAGCUGCGUCAUUCAAGGGCUCCAAGUUUUUCCAAUCCAAGAAGUGUAUUUGAAUGA